AUGGCCCCGCAGAUGCUGCACAGAGUCAUCCACGGCACUACAACCCCGCAGCCCUGGCAAAAAAACCUCAUUCGCUUCCAACCCGCCCGGCUGUACGGCUAUCGGCGCCAUCGCGUCCAAGGUGCAGAGUACCCCGGCAUUUUUGCCGAGUCAUCGCCCUCCGAGACCGCCGUCUUGGGUGUCCUGGUUUCCGGCCUGACCGAGGGCGACAUGUACCGACUAGACCGCUACGAGGGCAGUGAGUAUGUCAAGGAGUCGGUCAAAGUGCGUACACUUCACUCGAAAGCCCAUGGAAAAGUGACGUCCGAGGAUGAGCUGUUCAAGGAACUCAAUGCGGCCGAGUCGGGCGCCGCCAGGGAAGGGGACGAGGUUCUGGCAACGACGUAUGUGUGGGUUGCGGGCAAGGAGUGCCUGGAAGAGGCGGAAUGGGAUUUUGAGAGAUUCAAGCGAGAUAGACUGGCUUGGUGGGUUGGUGCGCAUGAGAGUGAAUGGUAG